GAGGAGGAAGUGGAGGCGGCUGUGAAUAGCGGGCAAAUGGGGAGCUGAGCGGCUGCAGCAGCAGCAGCAGCACCGCGGCCGCGCAGCAGCAGCAGCGGCGGCGGGCGGGCACGGAGGCGAGCUCGGCGGCGGGCCGUCGUUUGGCAGGCGCCGAGAGCGAGCCGCAGCCGCGCUGCCCCGCCGCCCCGGACUGGUCGCCUGCUCGCGGGGCGGCACCAUGCAGACCUUCCUGAAAGGGAAGCGGGUGGGAUACUGGCUGAGCGAGAAGAAGAUCAGGAAACUGAAUUUCCAGGCCUUCGCCGAGCUGUGCCGGAAAAGAGGCGUAGAAGUAGUGCAGCUUGACCUCACCAAACCCAUUGAAGAUCAGGGCCCUUUGGAUGUGAUCAUACAUAAACUGACAGAUGUAAUCCUUGAAGCAGACCAGAAUGACAGCCAGUCACUGGAGUUGGUUCACAGGUUCCAGGAGUACAUUGAUGCUCAUCCAGAAACCAUUAUCCUAGACCCUCUCCCGGCUAUUCGUACACUUCUGGAUCGAUCCAAGUCCUAUGAGCUAAUUCGGCGAAUAGAGGCAUACAUGCAAGAUGAGAGGAUCUGUUCACCACCUUUUAUGGAGCUGACAAGUGCCUGUGGAGAAGAUACCUUGAAGCUUAUAGAGAAGAAUGGAUUGGCAUUCCCAUUCAUUUGUAAAACUAGAGUGGCCCAUGGAACCAACUCGCAUGAGAUGGCGAUCAUCUUCAACCAGGAAGGCCUCAAAGCUGUUCGUCCCCCUUGUGUCAUUCAGAGCUUCAUCAAUCACAAUGCUGUGCUCUAUAAAGUUUUCGUGGUUGGGGAAUCUUACACUGUGGUGAAAAGGCCAUCUUUAAAGAACUUCUCUGCAGGCAUCUCAGACAGAGAAUCAAUAUUUUUCAACAGCCACAAUGUUUCCAAACCAGAGUCCUCAUCUGUCUUAACAGCACUGGAUAAAAUCGAAGGAGUAUUUGAGCGGCCAAAUGAUGACGUCAUCCGGGAAAUCUCUAAAGCCCUGCGGCAAGCUCUGGGAGUUUCCCUCUUUGGAAUCGAUAUCAUCAUUAAUAACCAGACUGGGCAGCAUGCAGUAAUUGAUAUAAAUGCAUUCCCAGGUUAUGAGGGUGUUUCUGAAUUUUUCACAGAUCUGCUGAACCACAUAGCUGCUGUCCUGCAGGGUCAGGUACCUGAGGUGACCCAGCUAAACCACAGCAAGCUCCUGGCAGAGCAGAGUGGUGGGAUCAUGGACGAGCGGAUAUGCUGUGCUAGCACAGGCUGUCUCAGCGUCAUGGGAAAAGACUCCUCCUGGAUUGUGGAGAGCGAGAGCAGCAGCUCAGUAAAACUGCAACACCAGAGACUAGGCUGCAACUCAGCAGUGUCCCCCAGCUUCCAGCAGCACUGCGUCGCUACGUUGGCAACAAAAGCUUCUUCUCAAUAACUUGCCAAUGCCAUGGACUGAGAAAAAGCCCCAGGGAUACAAAUUGUGGUCCCAGAAUCAGAUCAGGCUUUAACAAUACAAUUUACAAAAAUAUGGGAAAAAACCCCAACAUAAAACACAACACAAAAAAGCAAAAUAAAAGAACGUUCCAUUUGAUUUAAUCUAAUUUGCUGAUGAAACGGACUGAAAGGGGAAGAACAAGAAAGUGAUCCAAAUCCAUUUUAUCAGAUUCCAAUUGCAAAUCUGUAGUGAGUUUACACACAUGUGUUUUAACACUAGUCCUUUCAUUGUGGGAGGGUUGCUCUUUCAUUUCUAUUGUUCUUUGUAAUCACUGGUGACCAGCAUUUUAAAAUCUGACCUCAUGGUAUCAAGAAGAUAAUAAUGUUGAAAUGCAGUGUCUGAAUGUAACAGUGCUAGAGAUUUUUGCCUACAAAGCUCCCCAUUCCUCUUUUUUUCCAGGUAGGCCUUUGCAUAAGAAAGCUAGGACAACUUCAGUAUCACUAAACCAAAUCUCUUGAAAUGCUGACAUGUCAUGAUGUUGGCAGGUAGUUUGCUGUGAAGCCACUGCACUUUGAGGAGGAGAGAGCAGCCUGCUUAUUUAGGGCACAGAACCAAGGUGACCAUCCCUGUUCCAGCUUUGCAGUUCUCCCCCCUGGCCUCAUGGCUUCACUCAGAUUGGCUUCUAACCACACUUGCAAACAGCAACACGUUUCACCCAGAGAGGGUGCCACUAUUUAGGUUGAGUCAUUUAGUAGAUUAAAUAACAUACUUUCUUUCAAUUGUCUGCUAGUGCUGAAAUCUUAGAAGAGCUAAUGGAAGCAGCUUGUCUCUUUGCAGGGAGUUUAAUUCUCCCUCCAUUGCACUUGUGAGGACUCUGGGACAGCUCUGGGAAAAGGCUGCAGAGCUGUGCUUUUUCCUUGGAGCAGCACACCUGAUCUGUGUACCCUGAGAGGUAACACAGUCACUGCCUUCAUGUUGUUGUGCAUUUUUUUCUGUAAAAUAUAAACAAAUUGUGUACCUUCAUAUAAGGUAGAAAUACAGGACAGCUCUAGCUUGGAGACCCCAUUACUUUGUUGCAAGCUGCCAGGCGAGGCCAUAUGAUAAUUUACAACUGUGCUGUAUACUAUUUGUAAAUUAUAGCACAGACAAUUUGUAUCUCUUGAGAUAUCUUCUGGUAUGGCAGCAUCUUCUGGUAUGGCAGCAUCUUCUGCUGUUGAGAAUUCCUGCAACUUCUGCUAGUUCUGAACACUAUAUUGGAAAUAUCCAAGUGCUAAGAACAGAAACACUAUUUUGGUAGAAGUGGCCUUCUCUUCCCCUUAUUAGCCCUAAAAUACAUUUAAGAAGCGUGGUGUUAAGAAAAUUUCCUUAGUUAAGCUCCUAGCUUGUAAAUAUAGGAAUUUCUGUCUUUUCUAUAGCACGUGUUCAUAAAGCAUCUGUCACUGCAGCAUUUAAUACCAGUUUGGUUAGUAUCAUGUGUUAGAUGGCUACUCAGAAAGAAAGGGUUUAGAACUUAAAGCCCAGGUAGAUCGUGGAGAGAGGAUUAAACUGUGUAAAAGAUGUCACCACCCUACCUGAUGGUACCAGUCCUAGAGGGGGAAAAGUUUUGAAGACUCAUCUUCCAAAAUGCCAUUCUUGGGAAUUUCCUGUAGCCAGGAUUGAAUUUUUCAGAAUGAUUUACACAACAGAAGAUGAUUCCACCUCUAGAGGGAUUACUAACUUGAAAAUAUUUCUAUGAAGAACUUUCUGAGUAUGGUAUCAGUCAAAUCCCAGGGUGCACAUAAGCACAGCCAAUUUCCUCAAGUGUUGCAGAUAAGUUCUGAGCUGGGCACACUUCACAACCCUUGUAUGCUUUGAGGCUGCUGGAUCCCGUGUUGUCUGCAGCUUGCAGGUCUCGGAUGGCUGUGGUGUGAGUGAGUGAGAUGUACAUAGGUAAGGGUUUAUAAAGGUAUUUGUGGUAGACCAAACCUUUCAUAAAGCCAUGACUAAAAUAAAAUUUACAUCUACAGUUUGGGGUUUGUUUUUGUUUGUUUAAAAUAAAAAGUGUUUUUAUGUUACAUGUGUAACAAAAAAUGCCCUCAGGAAGGAACUUGCCAGUGCAUAUUUUUGUAUGGUACUUUCUUGUAACAGGCUGGUGGAGUGUUUGUAGACUUGCCUAUUGCUCCCUUUGUUACAAUGGCUUGGGCUUUUUUUGGUUUUUUGGGUUUUGUUUCUUUAUCGGGUGGUGGGGAUGAAGCAAUGAUGUUAGAACUGGGUUACUAACUCAAGACCUUUCAAACUAAGUAUGUUUACAUGAAUCUGAGUGUUGGAUCCAAUGGAAAUGUCUGUAUGCUGUUUCCUAGUUAGAACAUCAAAUAAGAAUUUUAUUUUCCUGGCUGCCUUCUGAAUUUUGGUUGGCCUAUUUUGCACUGCUUUUUUUCUCCAAAAUAAACUACUGAAAUAUAAUAGUGCAUUUUAAACUUGUUUACAAAUGAUUGUUAGAAGUUUAUUUUGUAAUUCUCUGAAUGCUUGCAGAAAUACUAUAUUUAAAUAUUACUCCAGACCUUGGCAGUAACUAGAAAACAAGUUUAGGUCAUUGGUGUGAUCAGUGACAUUUUUCCCAUAGUCUGUAAUUUAUUUUUUAUUUAUCGAAUGUAUCGGUAUCACUUUAAUUUGCCAGGUGCAGUUAUGCAGGUACCUGUUGUGAUGUGGCAUUACAAUAGAGUUUUGACAUAAAUUACCAUGCAUUUGCUGUACUUCUAUAUUUCCUUGCAGAAAUUAAGGUAAUGGCUCAUGUACUAGAAUGUUGCUAAAUCACAGGGGCAAAUUGGGAGACCAAUUUGUAAAAGCCAAAACUGUAAAUUACUGAGUAUCCAGACAUACAAUUAUGUUCUUGCAAAACUUUUGAGCAUGAGUAUGUUAUUAAGCUUGUGCUAAAGUGCUUUUCUGAAUUGCUGCCUCAUUUGGUAAGUUCAGGAUAGUUUUGAUUUAAGAUAAGCUUCACAGUAAGUUUGUUAAUAUUCUGUAGUCUUGUCUUUCUUUGUAAAGUAGAGGAGUGUAGUAAUAUUAGAUCAUACCAGAAUGCCCUUGCUCUUAAAAUUGCAGACAAUCUGAGGAGAUUUUCCAUAAUAUCUGUUUGAAUUCUUUUUAUUGUGGGUUAGAAAAAGGUUCUCCUGUGUUUGCAGAGGCAUAGCUGUUGCUGCUGUGCUGAUGAGAGAAAUUGUAUUAAAAUUACAUGGUCACCA